AUGGUCUUCCUGCCAGAGCCCUUUGCCUCCUUUGAGCGCACUCCUCUCUUGUUCGACCAGCCCUCACCGCUUCACCCACUUCCCAACCUCACGCGGUAUGUCCACUCGACGACCUCCAGCAAAGCUCAAAUUUGGGUCAAGCGGGAGGACUGUUCGUCUGGCCUCGGCCUUGGCGGCAACAAAAUCCGCAAGUUGGAAUAUGUCGUUCCCUCAGCGCUGGCUGAAGGUUGCGAUACUUUGAUCUCUACAGGCGGUAUGCAGAGCAACCAUAUGCGGCAAGUUGCGGCAGUAGGGAAUCACCUCGGUCUCAAGACUGUCUUGGUGCCACAAAUGCAGGCGCCGUUUAAGUCUGAGGCGUUUGACAGGGCAGGGAACGUGCAGGUCAACGGCAUACUUGGAGCUGCAUAUGCAGAACCUAACACCUCUCUGGAAGAUGUUGCAGCUAGUAUCACGGAAAGGGGCGGCAAACCGUACGUCAUUGUAUCGGGUGCUUCUGCUCAUCUUUGCGGCGGACUGGGGUUUGCUCGAUGGGCAUUCGAGGUGGUUGAACAGGAGAGGGCACUAGGCGUCUUCUUCGAUACCAUUAUUGUUCCUGUAGCCUCGGGAGGAACCCUUGGCGGGAUGAUAGCCGGCUUCAAACUUGCCGAUCGAGCUGGAAAGGAUGGUGCAGAUUCAUCGUCUGAGCCACUGCGCACUCGCUCUAUUAUUGGCAUUGACACGUACAACAAGCCGGCUGGUGUCCUCGAGGCUACGAUUCUAGAGAUUGCAAAACGGACGGCAGGACUCAUUGGAGUAGGAGUUGAUGAGAUUCAGGCGGAUGAUGUGGUACUUGAUACAAGGUAUAAUACCGGAACACACACGGGAUGGGAUGGCCACACAGACAAAGCAAUGAGGUUGCUGGGCAGAGAGGAGGGCAUCGUCACUGAUCCGAUCUACUCAGGUAGAACCAUGGGCGCAAUUCUGAAUAAGGCAGAACAAGGAGAGCUGGACGGAAGGGCAUAUGUGAUGUUUGUGCAUACUGGUGGACAACCAGCCUUGAGCGCAUUUCCCGAAAUGAAAUAA